GGCUGCGCCCAGUGUUGCACGUGCCAGCGCAAUGCCGGAGUGCCGACGGAGUCGUACGGUCAGCACGCACACUGCGCUGGCACGGCGCCGACACAACGAAGACUCCAGGCGCAAUCAUUGUGUUUUAAUUACGAUAAAAAAUUCAUUGCAAACUGCUCAGCGUCGUAUCUUGAAGGUACUAGACUUUGGUCUAGCGAGCCAAAAGACAUCUCUCCAGAUGAUUUCUCGAGCUAUGGCACCAAUGACCAUCUUUCUUGUUAUAUUGGCGACAUCCUUAGCACAACAAGAGAGGAAUAUGGGUGUGUUACCAUCACGAUACUCAUUCUAUCAGGAUCGAGGAUAUGGUUAUGCACCUCAACUGACGCUGUUCAAAACACUUGCAAGACCAGUUGCCAAGCGUAACAAUGCAGAAGUGGUCAAUCACAUUCUGAAGAAUUUUGGCACUUUAGAUCGACUAGGUGACGUCGGAAGGUAGAAGACACACACUCACACCGCUCGCUUCCGUAAAUUCACAACAAAGCAAAUGACGUCUAAUAGCGAGUAACCAUCGACAUAAAAUACAUAGAAAUUUCCCUACUGAAGAGUUGUUGAUUGCUGAGAUCAUCAUAAGCUUAUUUAUACUAUCCUCAUGUAAGGUGCAGCUUCGUAAUAAAUAUUGUGUACAGGUUUG